AAGAAGGCGUGAGGCGGUUUGAAAAUCAAAAUUGCAUAUUCCUCAAGUUGCGAGUCGUCGUGCCCCUACACGUUAUUCUCCGCAGCCUUAAACAACUACGCCAAACCCUCCCUCUCUCUUCUCCGAUCGGAUUUCAUGACGAUUGGUUCUGCCGGAUCUAGUAUCGUCGUGCCACGAAAUUUCAGGUUGCUGGAGGAACUUGAACGUGGAGAGAAGGGAAUUGGAGAUGGUACUGUCAGUUAUGGAAUGGAUGAUGGAGAUGACAUAUUCAUGCGCUCCUGGACGGGUACUAUAAUUGGCCCACAUAAUACUGUUCAUGAGGGGCGCAUAUAUCAACUAAAACUGUUCUGCGACAAAGAUUAUCCUGAGAAGCCACCUAGUGUACGAUUCCAUACACGCAUCAAAAUGACCUGUGUCAAUCAUGAAACUGGAGUGGUUGACUCAAAAAAGUUUGGAAUGCUGGCGAAUUGGCAGCGGGAUUUCACCAUGGAAAAUAUAUUGAUGCAGCUGAAGAAGGAAAUGACAACGUCACACAACCGGAAACUCGUCCAACCACCUGAAGGUACACAUUUCUAACGGCAAGGUUACUUUGAAGAUUGGCAGUGAUCUAUUGCAAUGAUGGAUUGGCAUAGACUGAAUCUCAAUAAUACAUGUAAUAUUUCCAUUAUUGACUACUUAAGAUAUUUCCACCAUGAACUACUCUAAGGAGAAAAGAGAUUGGUGGUACUUAAGCUCCGUAGUCACUGUGUUUUGGUUUUCUUAUAAACAUCUUUUGUUUAAACAUUUUUUUAUUUGGGAAUUUUAUAAAAUGGUAUUGAGUGAAGUGCAAUUAAUAUCA